AUGAAAAUAGAAAACAUACAGGAGACGAGCAGCACAGCAAGAAGGGAAUCAAGAUCUCGUAUUCAAGCAGUUACUAGCUUUAUUUGGAAGGGUCCAAUAAUAGCUGCUAAGAAGGUUGCCAAAGGCGCCACAUUUGCAGUGAAGGGAACAUCCUCCAUAGUAAAAAAGGGAUACAGAAUGGUUCGCAAUGUAAUUCCACACAAAGUCAGGUCUACAGUCGGUAGGUCCACAAAGAAAGUAAAGAGGAUUGCAGCAAGAGCAGCUAGAAGAGUUUUCCCGUGCGUUGGCAGAAGAAGGUCUAGCGCGGCCCCAGCAUUGGACGUACAAAGAUCCGCGGUAGCACUGGGAAUAAGUGAAUAUCUUGCAGGUCUCUACACAUGGGCCAUCUUCAAGGCAUACUGCUUGAACUGGAUGGAGAUGCAAUUCAUUUUGUCCACCUUAUGUGACAUACAAAACUCACUGCUUAGAGUUGCAGAGCUAACACCUGCAUAUGCAAGUGAAAUUUCCAUUGCUUUACUUCUAUCUGGGAUAAACUGCAGACUCGAGAAACAAUACAGAACAAUUGAAGAUCUCCUAGUAGACCUCUUUCUAAGAAGACAAUGGCUUCUCAAUCAGGCUGCAAGCACCGUAAAGAAUGAAUAUUUCUUGUCACAGGAGAAGAACGUCCUCGCAUACUCAUUCUCGUUUCUGUGCAGCAUCAUUGAAGUGCAGGUAUGCAUUGGUUCAUUCCUAGCAGAACUUGAGUCCAUUCCAAAUGCAUGUGCCUGUCUUCAGGAGAACUUUAACCUAUGGAAGACAAGGCCAGAAGGAUUAUUCACUCUCUUACUUGAGAACAGACAAGUGACCCUUAUAAAGGCCUGCAAGCCUCUAAUUGACGCACUCCACUCAGAUGUUUCCAUUGUUCAGCUACCUAUUCAGGAGAACACCACAGAGGCUCUUAUAAUCUUUAAGGAAAAGCCCGCUGUAGUAUUUGAGGCGCCUGUCUCUGAGGACAUUUCAUGCAAGCUUCCCGUGCCUGUCGUGUGCGCAGUAGAAUCAGCAGAUGUUGUGGCAGGCACUUUGGAGAGCACACCAAGUGAGCCAUCUACCCAGAUCACAGAGGCCGCAGUGAAUACUCUUCCAGAAAGCACCACCCAGCAAGCAGAAGCCACAGGAAGCCCGUCUUCUCUUCCCUUGACCAUGGAGGAAAUUAGCAAGAGACACCGCGAGAUGUGCCAGCAGAAGAACAAGCAGAAGAAAGAAGUCACACUUUCCAAAGGCUCCCAGAGAUAUCUUAAGAAAUGCCUCAAAAAGGCAGAAAAGAACAAGAAAUAA